CGGCCUAUUACCCCAGCCCCCGGCCCCCGGGGGCUGACGGAUGGCCAUGGAGCUGUACCUCAAUAGCUGUUCUAAGAGUGCCAAAGUAGCCGCCACCAAGGUGGCCACCAGCACCCUGAAAGCUGAGAAGGACUGCGGCAUAAGCUCGCAGAAAAGAACCAUUCCAGAAGUUGGAGUAUCUCAUCUGUUGGAUAUGCCUCUAGGGGUCAAGCUACCAGUUCUCCCAGGAAGUACUAAUGUAUUCUAUACUACAAAUAUAAGUGAAACGCUCUAUCAACCUUCUUUUGGUUUUAAUCUUAAUGAUCCUUAUUGCCGACUUCUGGAACCCAGCUAUAAAAAUCUACACGAUCCACAUCUAAAAACAUACUAUAAGAGAAAAGAUAUGCUGAAGCGACUAAGGAAAGGCGGUUACAUCACCAGCAAUAAUAAAGUUAUAUGUUCCUUGAAAGAAUUGAAUAAGUACAGACAAUAUCUGACCACUUUAAAAAUAGACUUUCAAAAAAACUAUGAACGAGAGCAAAAAAUGAUUGAAAAGCAAGUAAAUGAUUUGCAAGAAAACAAGGGAGUCUAUGAUAAUUGUGAUGCUACCCGUUUCCAACAAUGGCUAUUACAGGGAAGCUCACAAACAACUCCAGACCAAGACUUGUUAAUAAAACGCAGAUAUUUACAUAUGAUUAGUAGAGAAUUAGACAAGAAUGAAAACACAACAGAAAGGCAAAGUGCACUUCAGAUGAAGGAAGAAGAAAGACGACAUCAGGAACAUCUAAGAAGGAAACUUAACUUACAUAAACAAAUUGAAGAGGAAUGGAAAACAAAAGAAAUGUUUCUUCUGACAAAAAUCAGAGAAGAAGUAAAAAGAGAAGCAAAAGUUGAAGAACAACGUCGGAAAAUCAAACAAGAGAUUGACCGGAAGAAACAAGCUCUUCUAGAGAAAAAAAUUGCCUAUCAUUAUCAAAAAGGGCAAAGAAAUGGGCAUAAAGCAAGUGAAUCACAAGAAAAUAUCCUUGAAAACAAAAGACAAGAUGAAACAGCUUCUGCUCCAAAGAAGAAGAUGAAUUAUAUUGCCAGUGACCAGAAAGUAUCCCAAGGACCUCAGGAGAAAAAACGUAAUUGA